CCAGCCAGCGUGUGCAUCCAUGGCGCCGCAGCACUUCCUCGUCGUCGCGUUCCCGGGACAGGGCCACAUCAACCCAGCACGCGCGCUCGCAGAGCGCCUCGUGCGGGCCAUGCCCGGCGCUCGUGUGACGCUGUCUGCCGCCGUGUCCGCGCACCGGCUCAUGUUCCCUUCGCUCGCGUCCCCGGACGAGGAGGUCCACGACGGCGGCAUGUCCUACGUCCCCUACUCCGACGGCUACGACCGCGGCUUCCACCUCUUCGCCGGCAACGGGGACGACGCCCGGAGGUACUGUGAGGCGUUUGGCCGCGUCGGCCCCGACACCUUAUCGGCGGUGCUAGACCGUCUCGCGGCGCGGGGCCAGCCCGUGACGUGCGUCCUGUACACCAUGCUCAUGUGGUGGACCGCCGAGGUCGCCCGCAAGCGUGGUCUACCACGCGCGCUGUACUGGAACCAGCCGGCCACCAUGCUGGCCGUGUACUGGCACUACUUCCACGGCUACGAGAGGAUCGUGACGGAGCACGCCGCCGAGCCAGGGUUCACGGUGGCCAUGCCAGGUCUCCCGCCGAUGGCCAUCCGCGACCUCCCGAGCUUCUUCACCGACCUCACGGACGGGAGGAUCGUUGCGGCGUUCGGCAACAUCCGUAGGACGUUCCAACAGCUGGAGCUGGACGUCGACAUCAGCACAGGAGGAAGGAAACCCAUGGUGCUCGUGAACACCGUCGAGGCGCUGGAGGUUGGCGCCCUCGCGUCCGUCCCUGAACUGGACAUGUUCCCCAUCGGUCCAGCCGUCCUAUCACUCUUCACCGACGACACUAGGAGUGGCACAAACACCGUCGUGGGAGAUCUCUUUGAGCACGACGAAAAGGGCUACAUGGAGUGGCUGGACACGAAGCCAGCGCGGUCAGUGGUGUACAUGUCGUUUGGGAGCCUCGCCGCGACCACCAAGCAACAGAAGGAAGAGAUGAAGCGUGGCCUCGCCGCGAGCGGCCGGUCGUACUUGCAGGUGGUGCGAAAGGACAACAGAGACACUGACGACGAUGAUGAUGACGACGAUGACGACCAGAGCAUGGUGGUGGAGUGGUGCGAUCAGGUGCGGGUACUGUCGCACCCGGCAGUUGGGUGCUUUGUAACGCACUGCAGGUGGAACUCGACGCUGGAGAGCGUGGCGUGUGGCGUGCCGGUGGUGGCAGUGCCGCAAUGGUCCGACCAGGACACCAACGCGCGCCUCGUUGUUGAGUGGGGCAUUGGUGUGCGCGGCGCAAUCCACGCGGACAGGUUUCUGGACGCCGAGGAGCUCACGAGGUGCGUGGAUAUGGUCAUGGGUGAUACAGAGGAGGGUGCCGCCAUACGGAGCAGCUCGAUAACAUGGAAGGCGAAAGUGCACGAGGCUAUCAGGGACGGCGGUUCGUCGGAGCUUAAUCUGAUGACUUUCCAGAAGCAGUUUGCAAAUGAUGCUUAGAAGGAGGGCCUUGCU